AUGAGUCCUGCCGUCGCGCGCAGGGCCCUCCUGGGUGGGCUCUGCCUGGCGUUGUACUGCCUGUGCCAAGCCGAUAAGUCCUGGAGGCCUGUCUUUUUACCAGAUGAGUUCCAGAAGAAGGUCCAGUGUUCAGGGCCCUGUGAUUUCAUGACUGCAGCUGGGGACCACGGUCUGUCUUCUGUUGGGCGUCCUCAGGAAAAAGACGCGUCACAGCUCAGUGGCAAACACGAGUGGAAAAAACUGAUUAUGGUUCAGCACUGGCCUGAGACGGUGUGCGAGGAUGUUCAGAACAACUGCAGAGACCCUCCAGAUUACUGGACGAUCCAUGGAUUAUGGGCUGAUAAAAGUGAAACAUGUAACCGGUCAUGGCCGUUUAAUUUAGAGGAGAUCAAGGAUCUUUUGCCAGAGAUGAGGACAUACUGGCCUGAUGUGAUCCACUCGUCUCCCAACUGCAGCCAUUUCUGGAAGCAUGAGUGGGAUAAGCACGGCACGUGUGCUGCCCAGGUAGAUGCCCUCAACUCCCAGAAGAAGUACUUCAGCAGAUGCCUGGAUCUGUACAAGGAGCUGGACCUCAACAGUAAGCUCCUGAAGUUGGGGAUAAAACCGUCCAUCAAUUACUACCACAUUGAAGACUUCAGAGAUGCCCUUGCCAGAGUGUACGGAGUGAUACCCAAGAUCCAGUGCCUUCCACCAAGACAGGGUGAGGAAGUGCAGACAAUCGGUCAGAUAGAACUGUGUCUCACCAAGGAUCAUCAGCAGCUGCGCAACUGCACAGAGCCCGAGGAGCCACCAGCCCUGGGGCAGGAAGUGUGGCCGGUAGAUGUGGCUGCUGAAGGCCUGAGGGUCUGUGAAGAUGGCCCCGUCUUUUACCCUCCACCUAAAAGGACCAAGCACUGAUGCCCACAUUUUGGAAAUAUUAUGUUUUUAAACACAAGAGAAAUUCACAAACCAUUG